AUGUUUGGCUGGGGUUCUGGGCUGGCCUUGCCCUCUGCGUCUUCAGAGCCGGAGAAGGAACGCAGCCCCCCCGCUGACCCGACACCUCUUGAUUUUCCCGUCUACAACCUAUCUGAUGUCCUCGAAAAUGAGUCGGAGUCAAGACUCAAGGAGAUGGCCGACCUUCUGGCCGACAUCAAACGACCACAGGACAUCUGCGAGGAGCGCUUCAAGCCGUUGAACCUGAAACUGGAGACAGGCGUCGAAGUCGCCCACAUGAUCCCCGAAGACCACUUGCAUCCCAUCGCCCCGUUACCAUGGGAAGAUACCACCGAACCGACCGAAGACAACCCCCGACCGUUGAUGGACAAUGGAGUCCCGUACCCCUCAAAAGAACGAUAUGAAGUUCUGGAAAAAGAGCUGGCGUUGGAGAAUGACGAUGCGUUCCGCGAGGUGGCUCGAUUGCCGCAACGCGAGGGCCGGAGCCGGGUUCGUAUAACACAGUCGAGAAAGUUCUGGGCGGGAUUGGAGCGCAUGGCUCAAUACUGGGAUACUAGCCUAGACCACUAUUUCGAGCGUCCGGCAACUCCCGAUCCGACACCCUCAUCCGAGAUGGAACAGGCAGCAGAUGGCACAAUGCCGGUGGAUGCUGAGCAGUCCAAGAACAGACCCUCUCCGACAGGCGGUGAGAUGGAUCUGGAUGAAGUACAGGCAGACGCGCCAUCGAGCAGUAGCACUGUUGGCGAGAAGCAGCGGCCCUCUGUAUCUGUAUACACGGGCCGUCGAAUUGGCAACGGCGCCGAGAUGCCUGAUGAAUUGCGUGAUGAGACAAUCCGAGCCUUUGUGGAGAUGGCCGCAUGGCCGUUCGGAUGUCAGGUCACGGUUCCCACGCUCCAACCACGAUUGACAACCAAGAACCUCCUGUUCCCCGUCCGGCAAACGUUCCAGUCCUCGCGGUCCCCGCGAGAUCGCCAGAUUGCGCGGAGCGGCAUGCUCGAAGGCCCCGUUCUCAUCUCACAGUGUCGACCCGAGACGUCUUUCCGCACUGCGGACAAGACCCCCGGGACCGGGAUAGGCGAUGUCAGUGAUCUAUUUCGCGAAGUGGGCGGGAUGCUUCUCGCGGCACAAGAGCGUGCUCGCGAAGGCGCAGUUGAGAAGCGACCCGGGGAAGGCAAAUGGUGGACCAUGCAGCCUCGCUUUGGAGGCGCCCCCAACGAUGGGAUCCUGGAUGAUCUCGUUAACCACGGACACGGGAUGUCCCUGCCGGACUCAAUGAUGGAAGAAACUACGCCAUCUGCCCAAGGGGCGGAGAGCGCUUCCAAGCGUCACAAAUUCGAGCAUCCUUUUGUCACGUCUCUUUCCCGGAGACCGAGUGCUAUGCGCAGACUUACUACCAGUGAAAAGUGGAAGAUUCUGCAGCCUGGGCCCAGUCUUUGGGAUAAGCGGAUGAGCUAUUUGCAGAUAGGCAAGGUCCAGGAGAGUCCCUUUGACGAUAUUUACAUGAUCUCGUCUAUCAACCAUCACGUCUCGAUCCUCCACCUACGCGUCCACAGGCGGUAUUUGGACAUCCUCACUAACGGCGAUAGCACCUUCCCAGCAACCGAAGGCGAGCCGUGGCAUGUACUGAGGCUGGAGAGGACCCGAUGGUUCGACUUGUUCGACACCAACGACCGCAUAGCAGCGCUGAAGGGUGUGUGGCAACUGUUCCACCACCAGCUGAGACAGACACGCCACGAAGGCGAUGUUCCCGUCCCGACAGAAUUACCUAUAGAGUGUCCAUUAUAG